UUUACUCUGAUCGAGUAUUUACUCUGAUACCUUUGGUAACUACAACUAGUUGGGUUUUCAUGCUAAAUCAAAGUUUUUCACACUAUCAAUGCAAUCAGCUUUAGUUCUCUGAAGAGCUCUUGCACUGUAUACUUGUGCAAGAGGAAGGACCUAUAUUCACCCUUGCUAUCUCAAGUUCACUGAUUUAGCUACUUUAAUUUCAUAGUUCCCAUAGCACCUCCACCAGAGGGCAGAAAGUGGAAGCGAAAGGAGGUGAGAUAGCAAUUCUUACAUGGCUUCAGAAUGCCUGUGGAAACCCUUGGAGACCGAAUCCAACUCACUCAGACUAGGGAUUUGCUCAAGGUAGAGCUAGUGGACAAAUUGCCUAGGCUCUUGAUUUUCAGACUGGUGUCCCUGUGGUAAUGACAUGAUAUGUGAAGAGGCAGUACCUUAGUAAGAACACAAUCCUGAAAUGACACUGCCUCUGCAGAAUCCCAGCUCAGCACUUGCUAGCUGUGUCAAACCUAGGUUGAUUACUCCCUAUGUCAACUAUUGUGCUUAGAAUAUAUUCUACUUUCUCAUGUCGUUUCAGAAGCAAAAUACCAAUUCCCCCCCCUCCCGCCAAUUUUACAAGUUAUAUCUUAUACCCCACCCCAAAUUAUAAUAUUCAAGGAACGGGUGCCUGAUACAUAUUUGUUGACUAUACAUGGCCUCCUUCAGAAUAAUGAAGCUGGAUUUAUUCAAUAAUCUCAUGAGUAAUUUUUGAAACUUUCAUUAGCUCUUGACUGAAGUUGGAUAAAAAAAUUCCUAAGAAAAAUGCAAUGUAGUUUUUUUUUUUCUUCUUCCUCUUGCCAAACGUGAUCACUAUCUUGGACUUCAAAUGGUAGUCUUUACCAUUGUAAAUACUUGCAGUACCCUCUUUGAGCUGCUGCUGAAUGACAGAAAGGUUGUUGGCCCCCAGGGUCCAGCCUGUGGGUGUCCUCCACGGGAAAUCACCGCUAGGUUUAUGGAAGCAGGCUUAGGUUCUCCCUACAGCCUCAGACUCUCAGGCAGUUUCUUCAGUAAGCAUGUAACAGAAAGCAAAUUUCCAUUUGCCUAACGCAAAUACUGUUCGCCCUAGGAACGUAAGUUUUUGUUAGGAUAACAAACUUGGCCUUUAAUUGCCAGUACCUACAGUUAUUUUCAUUUUACUUGGCUACCUCUGGCCAAAAGAAAAUGGUCUAAGGUGUGAUGAGAUUCGAGAGAGCCCAGAAAUAAAGCCUUUGCUCCUAAUUACCCUCUCCCACAGCCCAAGCUUUCAGAUUUCAGCUCCUUUUGGGUCUGCGGGUCACGGGGCGGGGAGGGGGGGUGAGUAUGGGAGUGGGGAUGGGUGAGGGGACCAGCAGCCGGAUUGGCUUCCUCUCUGCCCCCGAAGAAUAACUUCUUUGAAUGCAAAGAGGUGGGGUUGUGGGGGAUCUGGCGUUAAGGGUUCUUAUGGGUGGGACCCAGAGACAGGAGUGAAGGGAGGGAGUGGUCCGCGGGUGGGAUCUGUGGAGCAGACAAAAUGUGGGGCCCCUGUCCCUUGAAGUUCAACUCGUCUCUUCCUGAGCGAAAAGCAAGGCAUCCUUAGUGCCUCUCCCAGGGUCACGUAGAAGAGAGGAUAGCAACCAGGAUAACCGUGGACAGCGGGAAAAGCGAGACAUGUUCUCCACCAAACCGUCUCAUGCCCUCGCUCCGGAAGAGCGCUGCCGCCCAGCCGGGGUCCCGGAGCGGGUAAGAUCCACGAACCGCGCUCUGCCACCAAACAGGUCCGAUGACCUCUCAGUCUGGAUGAAUUCAGGGUCAAUCCCUCCUGUCCCGCCCCCUCCUUUCCUCCGGUGCCACCUUCUUCCCCUGCUCUCGUGAGCUUCGGCUUUCCCAGCCUCACACUCAGCGCCCUGCAACCAAUUCUUCUCCCGCGCACGGUCCUCCACCCGGGUUCCCCAGCGUCCAGGACCCUCCCACGGUCAUGGGUAGGGUUUCCUUUAGCGCUCGAGUCCGGUCGGUCCGGAGACCACGCUCUCCUUGCCAGGGGCGUUGCCAUAUCCCCUGUAGGGGCGUCCUCACUGUCCCUCUUCCACCCGGCGCUCUCCACGCAUCAGGUGGACUCGGCAGCGCCCAGGCACCUGUGGAGGCUGCUGAAAGAGCCGUCGGAACCAGCCUCUCGAGGGUCCACGGCUCUGCUGCGCCAGCGUCGCCGGCGCCCAGCAUCUGGAAGGACGGUGCAGCCUCGCCUGCCCCAGACGUCUUGGGAGCUGAUGCCAGUAACAUGGGUGAUGGCUGCUCUCAGAAGCUGGCGACUGUUAAUAUUCUGCGUUUCCUAUUGCUGGUCCUGAUUCCAUGUAUCUGUGCCCUCAUUGUCCUGCUGGUGAUCCUGCUCUCCUUUGUUGGAACACUGAAAAAAGCCUAUUUUAAAUCAAAUGGGAGUGAACCUUUGGUCACUGAUGGUGAAGUCCACGUGUCUGACGGUAUUCUUCCAAAUACAGUUCCUAAUGAGAGCACUGGGGUAUCUGCUGUCCGUCCCACCCCACACAUUCCAGCCUGGACGACAGAUGCUGCUUUCCCAGGGGACCGAAAUCACAGGAACACAAGUGCCUGCGUGAACAUCACCCACAGCCAGUGUCAGAUGCUGCCCUACAACACCACGCUGAUACCUCUCUUCCCACUUGUCAAAAGCAUGGAAAUAGAGAAGUUCCUCAAGUUCUUCACGUAUCUCCAUCGCCUCGGCUGCUAUCAACAUAUCUUGCUUUUUGGCUGCAGUCUUGCCUUUCCCAAGUGCGUCGGUGAUGGUGAUGACAGUCAUGGACUCCUGCCCUGUAGGUCCUUCUGUGAAGCUGCAAAAGAGGGCUGUGAGUCAGUCCUGGGGAUGGUGAAUGCCUCCUGGCCCGAUUUCCUCAAGUGCUCCCAGUUUAGAAACCAAAGUGAAAGCAGCAACAUCAGCAGGAUCUGCUUCUCACCACAGCAGGAAAAAGAAAAGCAAUUGCUCUGUGGAGGGGGUGAGAGCUUUCUGUGUGCCAGUGGCAUCUGCGUCCCCAGGAAACUGCAGUGUAACGGCUACAAUGACUGUGACGACUGGAGUGACGAGGCCCAUUGCAAUUGCAGUGAGAAUCUGUUUCACUGUCACACGGGCAAGUGCCUUAAUUACAGCCUUGUAUGUGAUGGAUAUGAUGACUGUGGGGAUCUGAGUGACGAGCAAAACUGUGAUUGCAAUCCCACAGAAGAGCAUCGCUGUGGAGACGGGCGCUGCAUCGCCGUAGAGUGGGUGUGUGACGGUGACCAUGACUGUGUGGAUAAGUCCGACGAGGUCAAUUGCUCGUGUCACAGCCAGGGUCUGGUGGAAUGCAGAAAUGGACAGUGUGUCCCCAGCACUUUCUGGUGCGACGGAGAUGAAGACUGUAAGGACGGAAGUGAUGAGGAGAGUUGCAGCGAUGGUCAGACUCCAUGUCAAGAAGGAGACCAACGAUGCCUCUACAGUUCCUGCCUUGAUUCAUGUGCUGGUGGCUCUCUUUGUGACCCAGGCAACAGUCCGAAUAACUGUAGUCAAUGUGAGCCAAUUACAUUGGAACUCUGCAUGAAUUUGCCCUACAACUAUACAAAUUAUCCAAAUUACCUUGGCCAUAGGACUCAAAAGGAAGCAUCCAUCAGCUGGGAAUCCUCUCUCUUCCCUGCACUUGUUCAAACCAACUGUUACAAAUACCUCAUGUUCUUUGCCUGUACCAUCUUGGUACCAAAGUGUGAUGAGAUCACAAGCCAGCGGAUCCCCCCUUGCAGAGCUCUGUGUGAGCACUCCAAAGACCGCUGUGAGUCCGUUCUUGGGAUUGUGGGCCUACAGUGGCCGGAAGAUACCGAUUGCAGUCAGUUUCCAGAGGAAAAUUCAGACAAUCAAACCUGCCUGAUGCCUGAUGCAGAUGUGGAAGAAUGCUCACCUAGCCACUUCAAGUGCAGCUCGGGACGGUGUGUCCUGGCUUCCAGAAGAUGUGAUGGCCAGGCCGACUGUGAUGAUGACAGUGAUGAAGAGAACUGUGGAUGUAAAGAGAGAGACCUUUGGGAAUGUCCAUCCAAUAAACAAUGUUUGAAGCACACAGUCAUCUGUGAUGGGUUCCCAGACUGUCCUGAUAACAUGGAUGAAAAAAAUUGCUCGUUUUGCCAAGAUGAUGAGUUAGAAUGUGCGAACCACGAGUGUGUGUCACGUGACCGGUGGUGUGACGGUGAAGUCGACUGCGUAGACAGCUCAGAUGAAUGGGACUGUGUGACCCUCUCUGAAAAUGUGAACUCCUCUUCAUUGCUGACCGCUCACAGAUCUGCUGUGGAACACCACGUGUGUGCGGAUGGCUGGCAGGAGACGUUGAGUCAGCUGGCCUGCAAGCAGAUGGGUUUAGGAGAACCAUCUGUGACCAAAUUGAUACAACAACAGGAGCAAGACCAACAGUGGCUGACGUUACACUCAGGCUGGGAGAGGCUUAAUGGGACCACUUUGCAUAAACUACUGGUAGAAGGGCAGUCCUGUCACAGCAGAAGUAAGAUUUCUCUUCUAUGUGCUAAACAAGACUGUGGGCGCCGCCCUGCUGCCCGAAUGAACAAGAGGAUCCUGGGGGGUCGGACCAGUCGCCCUGGACGGUGGCCCUGGCAGUGUUCCCUGCAGAGUGAACCCAGUGGACACAUUUGCGGCUGCGUCCUCAUUGCCAAGAAAUGGGUUCUGACUGUCGCCCACUGUUUCGAGGGGAGAGAGAAUGCUGCCGUUUGGAAAGUGGUGUUUGGCAUCAAUAACCUGGACCACCCGUCGACAUUCCUGCAGACGCGCCUCGUGAAAUCCAUCAUCCUGCAUCCUCGCUACAGUCACACGGUGGUGGACUAUGACAUCAGCAUAGUGGAGCUAAGCGAAGACAUCAAUGAAACAAGCUAUGUCCGGCCGGUCUGCCUACCCAGCCCGGAGCAAUCAUUGGAACCAGAUACGUACUGCUACAUCACAGGCUGGGGACACAUGGGCAACAAAAUGCCUUUUAAGCUGCAAGAAGGCGAAGUCCGCAUUAUUUCCCUGGAGCAGUGUCAGUCCUACUUUGACAUGAAGACCAUUACCACGCGGAUGAUCUGUGCCGGCUACGAGUCUGGCACCGUCGACUCGUGCAUGGUAAGCUGCUUUCCGGUGCCCAGGGAGACUCCGUUCAGCAAUAGCUUUCAUGGGGUGACAGUGGCGGGCCUCUUGUGUGUGAGCGGCCUGGAGGACAAUGGACAUUAUUUGGUUUAACUUCAUGGGGCUCCGUCUGCUUUUCCAAAGUCCUGGGGCCUGGAGUUUAUAGCAAUGUGACAUACUUCGUUGGAUGGAUUGAGAGGCAAAUAUACAUCCACACCUUUCUCCUAAACUAAUUCCAAAGAUGAUCAGAGACUGUUGCCAGCGAUACUCAAAAAUGGCUUUUUAGACAGCGGCGAACUUCCUGCAGAGAGCUGUACAGAAGCACUUUUCAUGGACAGGGAUGCUUCUCCUCGCACUGCAAAUGUUCAUGUUUGUCUUAGUCUAAUUUUAUUUGUUUUUUUUUUCUUUUUUUCCAUCUCAGUUUCCUCUGACUUGAAGUUCAAGGAAAGUCUUCAAAACAAACAAACAAAGCAAAACGGCUUGUUCUUUUGCCAGGCAGACCUAACCUUGACUGUAACGUGAAAUGUUAGAGAAAGUUCUCUUUUGUCCUGUCACAAAAAGGACAGUGAGAUCCAGGCUAACUAAUCUUUGCCAGCUUUUGUUUCUCAAGCACAAUAGCCUAGUAGCAAAUUUCAAUAUUAACAUUGGAGACUUGCUUUUGAUUCACUAAAAGCCAAGAGAAUUUACAUGCUUGUUAUUUACCAUUACUCUUCUAAAGUCUGCAUAAUUCUGAGAACUUGCAGAAGACUUCAGAGCAUCCAUUUAAGUAGCUGAAAUAGCAAGUCACACCGAGCCCAAAACUCUUCUGACAUCAAUAGUAGCACCUGAUAUUAGAGGACCGCCCAUUCUGAAUUUAAAUCAAGGCUGUAAUUUUAUACAAGUCUCCAUAGAACCUUCCUAUAGCUGAGCUGGGGUUUGUUCACUAUGUAUCAAUUGGCCAAGUGAGAUUUCAACAACUAGGGAAAUAUGUGUGGGGACUAUUUCAUUCUGCCUGUGUGACAGUGAAGUUGAGAUCAAACUUUGCCAAAGGAGAACUUGCUUUUAGAGUGGUGAGGUGCAAUUUUUAAAAAAAGAAAAUUAAAUUGCACCCCAUCUCUAAUUAAAUAUUUUCCAGUUUUCCUGUGUUCAUCCAUACUAAUAAAAUCACAGAAAUGUAUCUCAAAGCACAGUAAAACUUUGCAUGGAGUAAAACAUUUUAUAGUUUUCCUUCAGUAUCCGGUGUUGCCAGUUCUUCCCAUUGAUAAGUAAAACAAAAAUUUAAAGAUGCUUUUAAGUACUAGGCUACUUUACACACAUACAUUUCAGAAGUAAUUAGUGAUUAAAGUAUUUUUCCCCACUAAAAAGCUUCAAAACACCAAUCUUCAUACCCACCUAAUUGAAUUAGUCAGGCAUCUAUUUUGCAACAUCCAGAAGCCUUUUGAACAAGUAGGAUUCCAUCCACCAGCAACCUGGACUGCUUCAGCAUUCCAGAGACCACCUGCAAUUUUAUACAUCUUUUUGUACUCUUCUGUAUGUGUGUGCAUAUAGAACAUUCAAAAAGUGGUCUUGACAUGUUUCACGUUAUUCAUCUCUUGUUCUGUAUAAGCCUAUUGAGAAUGUAAAAUCCAGCAGCUGAAUUGUAGUCAUAACUGUACAAACCUUUAAGAAUAUGCAUCAGUUUUGUUAUUACUAUAGGUACCUAACAACUUAUACACAACUUAACGUUCAGUGAAAUGUACAGUGUAUUUUAAAUAACCCUUAAUACAAAUAUAAAGGCAUAAUCUUUUUUUUUAAUGGAUAUAAAAGAUGGAAACAAGCCCCAGGAAAUUGUUUCCCACUACAACUAGUUGGCACCCAGGAUCCCCACCAAUCAAAAUUGACUUGUAUUAUACCUCAUUCUUAACAAGAAUAUGGUCUUUUAUGUUAGAUGACAGAUAGCUCUCUGAUUAGUCUGAAAUCAGAGGGUGCUUAUAAGUCUCAGCUCACUCAUCGACUGUCCAAGGAAAACUUCAGCCCUGGUAAGAGUGCAAGGAUGUUUAAUGUCUACAGCACAUUUUGGGAAUCUGAACUAAUUCUUUAAUACAUCUUUUGGGAUAAAAUUAUGUUGCAAAAUGUAUACUGUUAAUUAAUUUUUCUUGGCUACUAGGAGCAAAUUUGGGUUCCCCCAUGGUGAAAUAUGCUGAAUGCUAACGUGCAACAGACCACAACAGCUUGUGCAACUUCAUGUAAGUUAUUCACUUGUAAAUGAGACCUUUUAAAAGCUUCAUACAGAUCCAAAAUCUCUUUCCCCUGAGGGCCAGAUGGGUUUCAAAAUUCAGGAUUUAAAAAUAUUUUUAGGAGUUGCCAUAAUGGUGCUGUGGAAACAAAUCUGACUAGGAACCAUGAGGUUGUGGGUUUGAUCCCUGGCCUUGCUCAGUGGGUUAAGGAUCUGGCGUUGCCAUGAGCUGUGGUGUAGGUCGAAGACACAGCUCAGAUCCUGCAUUGCUGUGGUGUAGGCCAGCACCUGUAGCUCCUAUUCAACCCCUAGCCUGGGAACAUCCAUAUACUGUAUGACCCUAAAGAGCAAAAAAACAAAGUUUAAGACAUGAUACUAAAAAGUUUAGCACCCAUUAAUAAAAUCUAUUCAUAUUUUUGUGGUGAAAUAUAUGAAUAAUUUUGUUAAAUAAACAGCCUUACCUC